AUGGCAGCAUCGAAGAGAUCCAAGCCUUCACGGCGCUCGCGGAAGUCACUUUCUACAGUAGAACAAGUUGUAAACCGACUUGGUAUGCGAUGGAACGAUGAGCAGAAAGAGGAAUAUAUAGACAGUAUCAAGGUUGUCGAGCUCAAGCGGCUCAAGGUGCCAUAUCCAACGGACGACUACUACACGGCCACGACCGCCGCAGGAAGAGACCAAUGGGAGAGAUUUUGGCACCAGAGGCCAGCAAAGGACAAGCGGGUCAAUGGCGGUCAGCGACGACAGAUUCUUUUGCUCGAUAAAUCGCGGCUCCAGUACAUUAUUCCGCAGAAUGAGAGUGUCAUGUUUAGGGACGCAGAUACCAAGGAGAUCUUCAUGGUCAUCCUGCGCGACUUUAUCCCGGAUAAUGAUCUCAGGGAGGACAUGAUAGCCACGUGCCGACAGAUUAUCAAGUACCGCCGCGAUGAUCGCCGUGAGGAUCCGGGACAGCUGGUCCAUUUUGGCUAUACCUGCGGUGACCGCGCCAGGCCUACUGUGGGCCUGGCGGCAAACUGCCGAUAUAUUUCCCCCAAAUACCACCGCGAGCUCAAUAAUGCCUCGCAGGGCAUGGCAGGUAUUGGUUGGAACAUGUUGCGCUCGCGCCUGCCGCAGGUCAUUAUUGACGAUUACAACAACACUAUCAAGAACAUCCCGGGUUGCCCGCGCAUGGACAUGGAGCCGACCAAGGGUGUCAAGAAUGACCUGUUCUCGUACAACGUCGAGGGAGAAGAGUUGACCUUCAACGAAGUGGGCGACUUGGAGCUCCCGCCGCCUUCAGGCCUGUCGGCGAUAAAUUAUGCCCGCUUCACCCACCGGGAGAACAACGGGAACGAAUGGUUUAUUGCUGUGACGUGUUUGGCGGCAGACAGCCCCGACAUUGGCGGCAAUUUUUACAAUGCAUCGUACGGCAUCAUGAUGGAGGCCGCGAUCAACACCGUCUCAUGUUUCAAGCCUAAUGAUUAUCACGGCACCACAUUGUAUGAGAUCGUAGUGCCCGACGGAGUGUACGAUGCCAGUGAUCCGAGAUGGCGCAUCGAUAGUCGUGAGAGCCGUCCCGACGGGGGAGAGAACAUUGGAUUUGCUUUCGAGGUGUCCAAGGGCCUAGCCAAUGCCAAGAGAAAGAGGGAUGCUCGGCAGGCUGCGAGACCAGGACGGGGAGGGAAGCGGAACCGGCGGUCUGUGUAUAGCAAAGAGCCCGAUUCCAACGCUGAGAGUGAUGAGGACUAUGUUCCAAAAAGACCUCGUUUGCGGUGA